ACUGAUUAAAACAGGUCUUCCAGUUAACGCAGAAUAAUGAAACAAGAUGCAACUGCAUGCUUGAUUCUAGAAAGCUUUUUAAAGAUAGCAGCUCGUACUGCUCUUUAAAACAUCGUUAGCACUAAUAAACUGUCUCCUUCAAGGGGACAGCUGUGAUUCCACUUUUGACAUCUGUUCUGUGGGAUGAAAGUGAGUGGGAGAGCCCACACACCUUUAAUCCUGCCCAUUUCUUGGACAAGGAUGGGAAGUUUCUCAUGAGAGAUGCCUUCAUGCCCUUCUCUGCAGGACGCAGGGCGUGUCCGGGAGAAAGUCUGGCUAAGAUGGAACUCUUCCUCUUCUUCACCUCCCUCCUCCAGCGCUUUCGUUUCACUCCUCCACCUGGAGUCACAGAGGAUGAACUGGAUCUGACUCCGGCUGUGGGCUUCACCAUCGGCCCGACACCUCAUGAGCUGUGUGCUGUCAGUCGUGAGGCAUUUCAAAAUUAGUACACAAGCAUUGUCAGACACUUGUGCACAUUGGAAAGCUUUUGAGAUUUCAAUACUACUGAAAAAAGUAACACUGCUGUUCACUAAGAAAACAAGUUUAUUUGACACUUUUGAUUGACAUAUUAGCAUUUCAUAUAUAAACUACUAUCUUUUGUCUCAUUUAAAUGUUAAUUCAGUUCAUCACUUGAGAUAAUGUUGUUUUCAAUCAAUUGAUUUUUAUUUACUGCAAUCACUAAAAACUUCCCAAAUAAUA